AACAUUAUCAUAGUAUAACGUCUCCAAUCAACUCUCCCAGCAAAGGUGUUGGUUAGGUUGAAUCUCUCAUAGCAAGAGAUGCUCAAACCCAAAUUCACCUACUUCGAUGCUUCCCCCACCUUAUAAAUUCUUGCAUUAAUUUACCACUUUCAUCACCCAAUCCACUUCCUCUAAUUGACACCCACCUAAACCAUGGCUUCCCACUUCCUCAAAUCCCUCCUUCUCCUCUCCACCUAUGCCCUCACCAUCUCAGCAGAAUACACAGGCUUCGUGGGAACACUAGACCCAAAGUCCAUAGGCAUACACCACAAGAAAACCCUAAGCCACUUCAGGUUCUACUGGCACGAAGUCUUCAGCGGAGAAAACCCCACAUCGGUUAGAAUCAUUCCCUCACUCCCCAAAUACAACGCAACCACAACCUUCGGCUCCGUUGGAAUCUUUGACACCCCUUUAACCGUGGGACCUGAGGUGUACUCCAAGGUUGUCGGAAAAGCCGAGGGCUUGUUUGCCUCCACGUCACAAACGCAGUUUGACCUGUUACUGAUUUACAACUUCGCGUUGACCCAAGGGAAGUACAACGGCAGCACCAUCACGUUCACGGGGAGGAGCCCCCUCUCGGAGAAGGUGAGGGAGCUGCCCAUUGUUGGUGGUAGUGGGGUCUUCAAAUUUGCCACUGGGUAUGUUGAGUCUAGGACGCUAAGUUUUGAUCCCCAAACAAGGAAUAACACGGUUCAGUUCGACGUGUAUAUUUACUAUUGAUGAUUAUUGAAUGUGUUUUUUUCAUGUUGAUGCGUUAUCGCUUUGGUCUGUCUCACCUAGUUUCUACAUAAGUUUCCUCUUUUGAGGGCAUGUGGUGUCAUGGAAUAAAGUCAUCUUUGGGCAAAUUAAGUUUGAUCAUGAUAAAUAUUAUCCAUUCAUUUUCACUUUCGUA